AUCGUAUGGACCGAGGUCAAGGUGCCUGAUAGGUGUGCCGCUCGUGCGAGCCUUGCCUACCUUCAGUCUUACAGUAACUUACUUUUGCUAUUCACUCUGUGUACCAAAGGAUCCUGUGUGACUUCUACCUUUGUCUCCCUCCCGUUGUUUCUCAUCCCUCUUGUUGUCUCGACUCCGCCGGUAGGGAGUCUGCUGUAGCACCUGUAUUAAUCUCACGGGGAUUUUCUAGCAGACUCCAGCUGAGACUCUGGCAAUAAAGCCAUUGAAUUCAUUUUCGCAUAUCGAAUAUCUCAUCGGAUACGCGACAGCCACUCACGAUGUUCUGGGGAAAUCGCAACAAGGACGAACCCUCCGAGAGCGAGGCGACUGCGAACCUCAACCAAACACCUCUCACUCGCGAGAAACUUCCUCCCCAGCUACAAAGCCUGGUGGAUCGCGACGACGAGUUCUUCGACGACGUAUACCCAUCCUACUCCGUCGAUUCAACAGACACACCGUACCGAUAUGCCGCAUACGCCAACCGGGUGCGAACCAUCCUCCUCUCGGCGCACCGCUACGUCGCCUACACCUCUGACGUGGGCGAGUCGUUCCGCCCCGUCGCACACCCGUGGCUUGUGCGCGCCGCGUACGGCGUCUCCUGGACGUACUUGAUCGGCGACGUCACCCACGAAGGAUACAAGGCCUACCUGCGCAACCGGCACGUCCUGGCACCCCCCGGUGAAGCGUACAAGGAUGCCAGCGCCAGUGUCACUGAUUUCUCUCACACUACGAGCGUCGCCCGGGGCAUGUUCACAGGCAACCUUGUAGGUCCGUUGACUUCAUCAUCAUCACCAUCACCGACAGAGCAGCAAACGGAACUCGCUCCCUGGCCGACCACCCAUAUCCCCCUGAUAGAAGAUUACCGUACGGUCAUGGCGCAGCGGGCCGUCUUCCAGAGCCUCGCUUCCAUGGGGUUACCCGCCUUCACCAUCCACAGUGUGGUAAAGUACUCUGGUCGGAUGUUCAAGUCGUCCAAAAGCACCUUUAUGCGAACCUGGGCGCCAAUCGGGCUCGGCCUCUCCGUCGUCCCCUUCCUCCCGUACAUCUUCGACGAACCCGUCGAAGAAGCAGUCGAAUGGGCCUUCCAUACCGCCAUCCGCACAUUCGCAGGCGAGGACCAAGUCCGCCAUCUCCCAGCGCAUGCGCCGCAUCCAAGUCUUUCCAGAGCCCGCGCGUGAAUUGCAGAAAACUCAAGGUGGAUGGGGAGGGUUCUGGUCUGGGUCCGGGUCGAAGAGUAAAACGGAGUGAACCCCAUAUAUCCAUUAUAUCAACUAAUAAUCACUCUGUUCUGUACUAUACGUCGUCUUGCCUACGGUACCGUAUCUACUAGUAUAUACAAAGGUAGUAUAUAGGUCUUGAUUGAGAAACUACGUAGACAUUAUUGAAAACGCUCAUUUCUACUAAUCUGUACAAAUAGGAAAGGACAUUGGCGGAGUAAAAGGGGGGACAGGAAUAAUACAAGAUAUUCCACAGCAUCACUCAUCAAAGACCACAUCCGACC